AGAAAAAAGAAAAAAACAUCUAUGAAGGAUGCGGUCCAAGUCCAGGGCAAGGGUCUGGAAGGCAAUAAUCAGGCUGCUGUUGGCUGCAUUGACAACUGAAAAGCAUCGUGUCAGAUGGACCAUAUUGGGAUAACCUCCAGUAUCUGUCUCCGCUACAAAGCUGUCUUUAAGAUGUAUUCGCAAACCCUUAUUAAUUUUCACUCUUCAAGGAUCAAAUAGAAGAAUCCACGGUAUGAAUUUUAGCUAGCUGCAGUACGUUAAUUGAGGUGUAAAUGUAUGGGCAUCAGAGAGCCCAGUAUGAAGAAGACAGGCAGGCCGGUGGUGAGUAAGGCUCAGAGUGGAGAGAGGGGGAAGACUGAAGGCGUUGCUACAGGAAUCACAGGCAAGGCUGCAGCCAAGACCACCACAACGGCACCUCUGUUAAAGGUUAAAAGCAAUGAUGAUCUGCUAGCAGCAAUGGCAGGGGGCACUCCAGCUAUGAACAGCACUGUGACCAAGAACAAGAGGACUGCCUCCACAGGGACCAGCAGUGGUAACCCAGACAGUAAACCAAAGACUAGCUCAGGUUCUUCAGCCAAACGUGUGACGUCCUCUACCUCCAAGGAGCCCAACUCGUCAAGGGACCGUCUGCGAACAUCCAGAACAUCGGCUAGUAAAAAGCAGUCAUCGUCAGGGGCGGGGCAGGAGGAUGUGGCCCAGGGAAAGCGCUCUCGCACCCAGCAGCUGGCAGAGUCGGAGGGCCGCAUGAACAAGUCUAAAUCAGACAGCCAGAUCAGUGUCAAGGUGGCCCUGGAGGCCAAGGUGAAAGACCUGCUGGGUUUGGCCAAGAGCAAAGACUUGGAGAUCCUGCACCUGCGCAGCGAGCUGAGGGACAUGAGGGCUCAGCUUGGCUUGGGAGGGGAGGUUCCCCCAGAGGAGGGAGGAGGGGAGGAGGAGAAGCCCCAGGAGAGGGAGGUGUCAGCCAUCACAGCAGCGGAUGUGGAGUCCACACUGCUUCUCCUGCAGGAGCAGAACCAUGCCAUUCGUGAGGAGCUGAACCUGUUGAAGAGUGAGAACCGCAUGCUGAAGGACCGGCUCAACGCGCUGGGCUUCUCCCUGGAGCAGAGGCUGGAUGGCUCUGACAAGUUCUUCAGCUACCCCUCCCUGAGCCCAGACCUGGCAGUCAGCAGCGGGCACAGUGAUGGCGGGGGCACUGGUACCCUCACCUCCUCUGUGGAAGGCUCUGCCCCGGGCUCCCUGGAGGACCUGCUGACGGCCCAGCAGCACAGUGGUUCAGUGGACAACCUGGACAGUGAGUCCAGCGAGGUCUACCAGGGCGUCACCUCCAGCGAUGAUGCCCUGGACGCCCCCUCCGGAGCCUCGUCCUCCUCCGACUCGGAGAGCGUGCCCAGGCGAGAGCGCUCACGCCGGGGCAGCAGCGGCAACGCCAGCGAGGUGUCUGUGGCCUGCCUGACGGAGCGCAUUCACCAGAUGGAGGAGAACCAGCACAGCACGGCCGAGGAGCUGCAGGCCACACUACAGGAGCUUGCUGACCUGCAGCAGAUCACCCAGGAGCUGAACGGAGAGAACGAGAGGCUAGGGGAAGAGAAGGUAAUCCUCAUGGACUCCCUGUGCCAGCAGAGCGACAAGCUGGAGCACUACGGCCGGCAGAUUGAAUACUUCCGCUCUCUGCUGGACGAUCACCACUUGUCCUACGUCUUGGAGGAGGACAUCAAAAGUGGCCGCUACAUGGAGCUGGAGCAGCGCUACGUGGACCUGGCCGACAACGCCCGUUUCGAGAGGGAGCAGCUGCUGGGAGUGCAGCAGCACCUCAGCAACACGCUGAAGAUGGCGGAGCAGGACAACACUGAGGCCCAGGAGGUCAUUGGGGCUUUGAAGGAAAGAAACCACCACAUGGAGCACAUCAUGGAGUCUGAGAGGCAGGACCGGGGGGCCAUGGUGGCAGCGCUGGAGGAGUAUAAGGCAGCGGUAAGCUGUGACCAGGUAGAGCUUAGCCGUUGCAGGGCCCAGCUGGACCAGGAGAGGCAAAAGGUGGCUGAGCUCUACUCCAUCCACAACUCUGGAGACAAAAGUGACAUCUGCCAGCUGCUGGAGGGGGUUCGGCUGGACAAGGAGGCGGCGGAGGGCAGGGCUGCCAAACUACAGGAGGAGCUGAGCCACGCCCGCACUGAUGUCACCAGACUGCAGGACACCCUCAGUAAGCUGGAUCGGGAAUACCGGGACAUUCAGGAGCAGGAGCAGAAGCAAAUGGCAGAGCAGAAGCGUGGGCUGGAGAAGCAGCGCGGGGAGCUGCAGGAGAAGGAGACUGAGAUCGGGGACAUGAAGGAGACCAUCUUUGAGCUAGAGGAUGAGGUGGAGCAGCACCGAGCCGUAAAACUCCACGACAACCUCAUCAUCACAGACCUAGAGAACUCUGUAAAAAAACUGCAGGACCAGAAGCGUGACAUGGAGCGGGAGAUUAAGAUUCUGCACCGGAGGCUGAGGGAAGAGUCGGCAGAGUGGCGUCAGUUCCAGGCUGAUCUGCAGACGGCCGUAGUUAUCGCUAAUGACAUCAAGUCGGAAGCACAGGAGGAGAUUGGGGAUAUGCGGCACCGUCUCCGCGAGGCCCAGGAGAAGAACGAGAAGCUUGGCAAGGAGCUGGACGAAGUCAAGAACCGCAAGCAGGAUGAGGAGAGGGGCAGGGUGUAUAACUACAUGAAUGCAGUGGAGAGGGAUCUGGCUGUACUGAGGCAGGGCAUGGGCCUGAGCCGUCGCUCCUCUACCUCCUCUGAGCCCUCUCCCACCGUCAAAACCCUCAUCAAGAGCUUUGACAAUGCCUCCUCACAAGGUACCCCAACCUGCGAGUGCCCAGUCCCCACGGCCGCUGCCCCUGCUGCUCCGACAGCACCUGCUGCCACAUUACCACGCACUCCCCUGAGCCCCAGCCCCAUGAAGACCCCUCCUGCAGCCGCCAUCUCACCCAUACAGAGACACUCCAUAACUGGGUCCAUCUCUGCACCCAAACCCCUCUCCUCUCUGAGUGACAAAAGGGCCAGCUACGCAGACAUCAGCAUGCCAGCGGAGCAUCUUCUCAGGGGCUCCUCUGCCAGCCGCCCUGCCUCUGCUCUCCAGAGGGUGUCCAACAUGGACUCAUCGAAGGCCAUGGCCAUCUCAGUGUCCCGCAGGAGCAGUGAGGAGAUGAAGAGGGACAUCUCUGCACCUGAAGGUGGCUCCUCCUCUCUGAUGGCCAUGGCCUCUGGUUCCUCCCUGUCCUCCUCCUCCCCCACCGCCUCUGUCACCCCCACCGCACGCAGCCGCCUCAGAGAGGAGCGGAAGGACCCCCUCUCAGCGCUGGCCCGGGAGUAUGGGGGCUCCAAGAGGAACGCACUGCUCAAGUGGUGCCAGAAGAAGACUGAGGGGUACCAGAACAUUGACAUAACAAACUUCAGCAGCAGCUGGAAUGACGGCCUUGCGUUCUGCGCUGUGCUCCACACCUACCUGCCUGCUCACAUCCCCUACCAGGAGCUCACCAGCCAGGAAAAGAGACGAAAUUUCACACUAGCCUUCCAGGCUGCAGAGAGUGUGGGGAUCAAGUCCACUCUGGACCUCAAUGAGAUGGCCAGUACUGAGAGACCAGACUGGCAGAGUGUGAUGACCUAUGUCACAGCCAUCUACAAGUACUUUGAGACCUGAUGUGAUCUCUCCACCCAACAUGGCAAGCACAACCUGCAGUCCAGCCUGCUAGCUCCUCUGACCUCAGCGCACCUCCAACACUUCAACUCGACAUUCAACUCAGCUGUUAUGCCUCACUUCACUGAGCCACCCUUCACCCCAACACCCAGCCAUGCCGCACACCGGCCGCUCUGUCUCUCGUCUAGACGCCUUCUAGUUUGAGUCACCAUAAGAAACGUUCAAAUAAGCUCACUGUUGACUUCCUAAAGCUAAUCAUGGUUAUUUCUAUGAUGAACAGUCUAGCAUUUUUCACUGACACAUUUAGUGUGAUGAACACAGCCUAAGGGCACUUCAAGCACCUGUUCAGGGCCUGUUCUGUUUGGGAUGCUAUUUUUACUCUUAUCCAUUACUGGAUAACCCAGUUGAGGUGAUCCUCAGUCCAGAUUGUCUGGUUAAACCAAUAUGAUCUGAUCUACGAUAAGAGCCUGCAGACCUACUAGCUCUACUCUCCGUGACCAGAGUUGGGGAACAUGCUACAGACUAUCCCAGCCUUUGUGCCUUGCACCCGGCUUUGAUUCUUCUAACCAAGUGGUUAUCCCAAAUGUUUAAGUCAAACCAUACCCAGUGUGCAGUGUGUCCACCCUAGUAAUCAUGGGACACAUUUUCUAUGGAAAUCAGACAAGGCAUUUUUUGCUCCGUUGUCUUCCUGACCCAUUGAACACUGUGAAGGGGCCUCUUCUAUUAUGGAUUAAGUGCCUGUUUGAUUUACAUCGCUGGAGAUUUACUAAGAGACGGUUGGAGCAAAAAUUGCUAAAUGAAACAUUUCAAUGCUCCAUGCUUUCAAAGCAUCUUUGGAGGAAUCUAAGUGAAGCUUUUUAGAAGUGAUUCUGCAGUUCUAUGAACACUAGCUACAUCAUAAGGGAAAAGCUGUCAGGUGCUCUCUUGGUCACCUGUAAGAUUGAAGUUACAAUUGAAUGUGCUUUUGGACUAUUUUUAGGAGAGUCAUCAUUGCUACGUUAACAUAAUUUGUUUUGCUAACAGAGACCAACUAAUAGAAAACAAUGGGCUAUACAGAACCAACACAAUGUCUUUCAGUGAUCGUUUUCUCAAAUAGAACUGUCUUAAUCCUGAACCAAAAAAGUAAUUUGCUCAAGUGUCCUAUCUAUGUGAAGUCAAGGGCUAGACUUGCCAAAAGUCCUAGCUCUUGGUGAUUUGAUUGUGGUAAAUGUUUCCCCAGCAUGUUGAGUCUCAGGGUUGGAUGUUCUCUUGUUGUUGUCAUCAAUCAUGAUAGGGGAAGAGUUUUUGUCAGAUGCAGAAUGCAUCCGUUUUGCUGCUGGAGCCAAAUGUAUUAACACAUUGUUCGUUUUGACACAUUACUUCCACCAACAGCAGACUGAAACUCCCAGGAUUGGUCACAGUCCAGUUGUCUUGAACUGUAAGAUUUUUGUGUUAUCAGAGACUCUGAGCUCAACAAUGACUAAGUUAUUGUGUGUGUAACCUAACUCUGUAACUUGAUAUACUCCAUCUUGCUAGUAACAUUUAAUUAACAUGAGGAGGGGGGGAGGGGGGGGGGUGCAAAUACUAACUACAAGAAAUGCACAAGGAACUCAUAGGUACAUUUUAUAUUUGAGCUUUCUUCGUGUUAUCACUUGCCACCCAAUUGACUUUAUUGAUAAAGCUGUACUAACACUAAUCAUGUGUAAAUCAAUUCUAUGUAGUUUACAUAGUCACCAAGAAAGAUUUUGGAAUGAAGAAUGACUGCGUUAUGUUAUUGAGCCUCUGCUUAUUAAAGUUUGUGUGGGUUAAUUAGCAUGGUUUAAUCCACCGUGGAGUGUAGUGAUGCAAGUGUUACAAAUGUUAAUGUAAACUUCAUAAAAUGUGAAUCUAUGACUUUUCAUCACACUGCUGCACUGAUGUCUCUCCUAAACUCAUAAUGUAUGAUGACGAUUUGCCUUUCAUGUGGUCCCAACCACACUCCUGUAUCAUUUCAGAAUGGUACAGUAUGCAAUUGAUACUCCCUCGUUGGCGUACCAUUUUGGCUUAGGCCCCCUUACAGCUAUGAUCUAACACACUCACAUGUGACCAUAACUUUUGUAGGGACAACAUUUUUCUGAAUAUGUUUAAAAGCACAUUUGCACCUGUCUGUCUGACAAGCCACCUUUCCCCCAGCUGUACAGGUGCACUGCAUGGUGUUUGACAAAAGCACAACUUGAAACACAAGUGCUAGGUUUUUUUGUGUCGAUCAGUGUGGUUGGCGAGUAAGACUGGGCGGUUAAAUGUUGUGUUGGUAGUCCUUUGUAUGGAUAAAUACUCAUUUGUGAGAGCGCAUGUGCUGUGACUGUUAUUAUUAUCAUUAUCAUGUACGGUAUUUACUAUUGAACAGUGAGCACAGUAUGUCAACUCUAACUAAUGUAUUUAUGAUUCCCAUUGCUAUACUGCAACCCGGUCUUAAAUUUGAUUUGCAUAGGAUCCAAACACUAGUUGGUCUGCAAUUAUUCUAUUAUGUGAAGCUUCUCUGCGCCUUCUUGCCAAGUGUUAAAAAUGGAAUCUCUUGAUCAUGUUCCAAUGGACAUUGGUAUUGAUAAGUGGUCCUUCAUGUUGUGGUCUAUGAGGACUGAAACCUUUCCCUAACAUUCUACUCAACUGUACAGUGUAGACAGAAUGUAGUUGGCCUAGUAGAUAAAACAAUGUGUUAAAAUAUCAGGAUGAUACCAUCUUGACAUAUCAUCACCACUGAAGAACAUUGGUCUGGUUUGCUUGAGUUCAUUCAAUAAGUUGCUCAUAUUUUCCAUGGCUUCUGUAUUUCGCUCUGCAUUGUCUUCCGUUUCUUUCUACACUACAUCACAAAAAAAUGUGAAAAGAACUUAAAGCAUGUUUUUAUUUUUACGGGUCCGUUAGAAGUUAAUUCUGUUUACUUGAAAGGUUGAGUUUUUCUAAGCUGCAUUCUUUUGGUUAUUAUUAAUGGUGCCUUUUGCCUACAAAUGUAUGUCAUUCUUGCCAGAGUUUUACUUGGUAAUAAGGAGGCCAAGAGACCCAUGUUUCCUUUUGUCUCAUUCUGUCUCUAAGUCAUGAUUACCACUAUAUUAAUUGCCAAUGGAGUAUCUUGAAGCAAAAUGUAUCCUGUCGAUUGGGUAAUGAUAAUAUCAAGAGUGUGGUGUAGGGAAGUAAGCCAAAUGCACAUUAUGAUAAUCAACAAUUAGGCCAAAAAAUUAAAAGGCUUAUCUGUAUUUAUAUUGUUUUGUUUUGCAGACCAGUAAUAUUAAAGAAUCAUUGCAACAGGAAUGUGUUAUGUUUUGUGAAGACAUAAAUUAAUUUGCCAUGUGGUUAAUUCAGUCAUAUCCUGCUUUUGAUAGAGUAAGAGGCUAUGAUUUAACUGUUGCACUGAAUGUAUUAUCAGAUUACUGGUCUGAAGUUAAUGAAGGCACUGAUAAACAAAAAGCAUUCCUUGCUUGUGAAACAGGCAACACUAAUAUUAACUCUACUCUGUAGGGCUAGGGCAUAUUAAAACUACUGGGAUAAUUUAGAGCAAAUUAGAUUGUGAUGAAUGAAGUGUUUAAUUCAGUCUGCUAGCCUGUGGGAUCUGGAAUACAGCAGCAGCCUUUGUUCUGAUAAAGAGCGAUAUAUAUACUGAACAAAAAUAUAAACGCAACAUGUAAAGUGUUGGUCCCAUUUUUCAAGAAGCAGGUUAAACAGCAUGAUCAUUACACAGGUGCACCUUGGGCCACUCUAAAAUGUGCCGUUGUCACACAACAGAUGUCAAGUUUUGAGGGAGAAUGCCAUUGGCAUGCUGCUCAGGAGUAUUUCUGUAUUUUUGUUCAGUGGAAUGAUGCGAUAAGACCCAGAUUCACCCAAAUAAGCUGUGUCUCUAUGAACUGUUUGGUAACUGUUGAACAGAUAAUGAUUUGAAGGUUUUAACAAAAAAAAGUAUAUUUUAUUGUAAAGACAGGAUUCAUAUCAAAGUGAACCCCUCAGUAAUGGUGUAUUAUUUUAGUUUGCACACAAUACAACCCAAGUCAAGAGGAUAAUAUGGAGAUUAAAAAAUAUUCUGAUUUAAGACCUGAAUAUUUCCAUAUGCACACUCAAAUGUGAACUUUAGCCAGUGAUCUCAUUCCCAAAUCUUGGGAUAAUAUCUGUUCUAAUGUCAAAGAUGAAGUCCAUAGCCUGUAAAGUCUAUUACUAACAUGGCAAAUAUUACCAGAUGGGAAGAUAGGUUUUACAGUGUAUACCAGAUGAAGAGCUCAAUCACAAUGCUUUCCCUUCCAUGUGUUUUAUUCUGAAUAACAAAUCAGCACAAACUUUUUUUUUCUAUGUUAGGGUUGUGCGGGUCAGCUGUUUGUUCACCUGAACUCACCACCAGUUGCUAAUUUAACGCAAUGCAUGGUAUAUCUGGUUUUCUGCAGUGGCCAUACAGCAUUUACUUUGAGAUGGAGCCUCCAACCAUAUUUUCAGAUCAAGCAUAAAUUGGCUUUAACCCAUCUACAACGCCAGACUAUAUUCGAUGAAGUGAUGGCCUGCAGCCUACCCUAAAAGUAAAUUCAUGCUUGAUCUGAAAAUGCGAUAGGAGACUCCAUAUGUGUGACGCAGAGCCUCUGGGUGCAUGCAGAGGCCAAAUUGAGCUCCAUACCGAAUUGCCAUGCGCCUCCCAAAUGUUGUAACAAUGCGGAGGGCACCUUAUAGGUCUACAUUGACAUGAUUGGUUGACGGUAGGUGAGAGCAGCUGGUCCUGUAUAAACACAAACUCACUUCGUUGACAACUUCCUUCACAACAGCUCUGCUCAACAGCUCUGGCUUAGCGCAAGAAGUAUGAAUGCACUGAAUUCUUCAGAGGCCAUAUCACUGCAAAUGCUGCAUGAUGCGCCUUUAACCCGCACAUUUAAAUGUAGAACAUUCACUGCACAAUUGUCUUAAACAUUUAUUGGAACAAUAAUGUUUUUCUUCAAAGUUUCAUCAUUUAUUUAUUGAAUAGGCUAUUUAGGCCUAUUGAACAGUAGUCUAAUGUUUUUCUGAAACAGAAAAUCUCAAAUGACAGCGUAAAUUAACACCUUACACAUGCUUUUGUGAAAAAUAAAUCCUAUUGAAAUAAA